GCUCACCGAAAAACAAAACCGGAAAAAAAAUUGAACGGGUCGGUUGUGGGUCGGUUCGAUUGAUUAUUUUUCCUUACUUCGCUUGAAGAAAAUUCAGCAACACUCGAGAACCAACACAUAAAUGCUUUACUCUUGAUUUGCCAAAGUAAAGAAAUUAAUUUGUUGUGUUGUGCCACGGACAAAAGUGAAUCGUGAAUCCUUUGAAGAAGUCAAGAAGUUGGUUAAACAAAUUGAAUGAGUUGAGUGUCGUCGUCUUCCUUUGAUCUGCAGCGAGUGUACCGACAAACGAAAGAGAGAAAGAGAUAAGAGUGCGAUACCAUUAUCAAUAAUCCCAGAACCCAUCAUGUCGAUCUCGUGCAAAUGCUCGAAUUUUGUGGCUACCUCGUCCAAGCUGCAGCAGCAACAGCCCAGCCGCUCCUUUGACGUACUUGCGUAUCCAGCGGCGGAUUACCGCUUGACGACCAAAGCUGGAGCCGGUGCUGAGGUUCCCCUGUCGACCCUGCUGUCACAGGUAUUCCAGGAAAAGUAUCCCAGAGAUUUUUUAUUCUACCCGGAGUUUACGGAUUUCUUCAAGCAUGCCAUUGGACCCAUUCCAGACCUCACCGUGAACGUGAUCAAUCAGCGCGAACUGCUCUACGGCCUCACGCUCGAUGCGGUCGGAGAGAGCUGGCAGCUGAGUAUCUGCAUCAACUGCAAGGAUGUGCUGUGCGCCAAGCGCCUCACUGCCGGAGCGGGAGCCCCGCCCACCCAAUACCUCAUCAACAGCACGCUGCUGAACAACGGCGAGGAGCUUGCCCAGCGACGCGGCCUCAAGUCCUAUUCGGAGACAUUCAAUCUGCUGAUCAUGGACCACACCGACAACAGCGGGGCCCUCUCCCCGCCACCAACCGGCACGGGCAUGGUCGACUCAUCAUCGAGCCUAAGCAUUGGCUCGCUGGCGGUCAAUCCCCAGGACACAAAGGGGCAGCGACUGCGACAGCUGCUGGCCGACAAGCAGGCACAACUGCAGGAGGAGAUCAAAAAGACAGAAGAGCGCAUCGAGCGGUACACGUCCACGGAGUACGAGCUGCUGAAGAGCUUCCGGGAGAAGGCGGAUCAAGACUGCGCCCAGCUGAUGCACCACAUACGGCUGGUGCCGGAGCAUGUGGCCGAGCUUCUCGACAGGGGCAUGACCCCCGCCCUGGAGGUGACUGGGAAUUGGCUGAACAGUGCACCCGGUGCCAGGCGUCGCAACACGAUAAGCAGCCGUCGGGAGCUGAGCAACCCCACCACGCCCACCACCACCCUCAACCAUCCCCCCAGCUUCCUGGCGUUGAACCAGCCGCUCCAACAGCAGCAGCAGCAACCCUCACAGCCAACGCAGCCCCAGCUGCAGCCAUUAUCCAGUACCGCCUCCGCGAUGGCCAAUGCCAGAUUGAGGAAGAUGUCCAACUUUGAUACGCCGCCCGCCACUCCAGAAGCCACGCCGAUGAGCGUCGGCAACAGUCCCACCUUCAGACAGCAGCAACAGCAGCAGUCUUCGGUGGCAACUGCCCCGCACCUGCUUACCACACACGGCGGAGGAGUUACCGCAAACGGGGCAGACGAUGCCGAUGACUGCCUGUUCGACCUGGAGGACGUGGAGGAGUAUACCGCUCCGCAGCCAGUGCCAUCGUCCACCGGUUAUCAACACAACGUGAUGUACCAGCGGGUGCACAGCAUCCAGCCACUGCAGAACGGGAUGGUCGAUGAUCUGGACGAGGCGGACACAGCCGAUGAGGCGGAGGAUGCCCUGGAUCUGGAUAGCUCCAUUUCCAUACCCGCGGGACGGGGUGGCCGUCCGAUGUCGGCUCAGCUGAUGAACUUUGCCAGGAGUCUGCCCAUCGAGAUGCCCAACUCGACGCUCGCGGAGCGGGUAGCAGUCGCCAACAACAACAACAACAAUAACUUUGCAUUGGGCUGCGAGGAGGGUCUGGACAACAUCGAUAUAGCGGCCAGCAUUCAGGCGCUGACCAAGAGCGUCCAUGGAGAGGCUGUGUUCGGGGACCUGCCGCGUCCCCGACUGCGCUCCCAGAUCGAGGGCUAGCGCUGGCAGGAGGCGCCGCCACAGGGAUCAACGGGGAGAGGGAGAUGACGAGUCGAGAACCACCACUACGUACACAUACUUAUAUAUAUAUAUAUCAGUUCGUAAUCCGCAUAAACCCACACACACACACACACACACGCAUACAAACAUCCUCGGAUUGGAUCCAAGGGGGAGCAGGACCACAACGAAACAUAGACGAUAAUAAAACCCAAUAAAUGCCAUCUUGGAGGAGGCAUCUGAUCUGCCUGCCACCUACCAUCUACAGAGUACCAAUUAGGCAGUACAUCCUUGGAUGCUGCACCACACCCACAACCCACAACCCACUUCCACCCCUUCCUUCUUUUUGACAUGUUAUAUUUCCUCUAAGUUCUUUUUUCAUUAUUUCGCGAUGAUCUUCGAAUGAAAAGUGUGUUUUUUCUUCGAACGACAAGUGCAAGUGCGCGCAGGCA